CUCUCUCUAAGUCCAACCAUGGUUGACUGCUGUGCGUCCUCCAGAUGGAGAGCGUGUUUGCAGGUCUGGACCAGAUGUCUGAAGACGACAAACUCCAGCAGCUGCUGAAGCUCAAGCUGCGUUACUUCAGCCCCCGAGAGGUGGCCAACCUCAUGGGCUUCCCUCAGCGCUUCUCCUUCCCGCAGCAGAUCAGCACCAAGCAGCAGUACAGAGUUCUGGGAAACAGCCUCAACGUGGUGGUGGUGGCCCGGCUGCUCCGGCUGCUCGUCUCCUAGCACCUCGAGCCCUCGUGGACCGCGUGUAAGGCGACAUCUAACCAGGAACCAUGCAGGAGGACCCGUCCCGGGUCAACGCGACGCUUCCUGUGGUUUUGGACCUGGUGGUGGUGACACAUCGCUGCUCUCAGGCCGCGUGCGAGAGACCCAAUAAGACCUUCAGUUAGAGUCCAAUCAGAGACGAGGAGUCCUUGUCCUCGUGUGUCCUGCUACAGGUUCUGUUCAUGUGUGAAGAUCAUCUGGCUAAACCAGAACCAUUUAUUACCCUAAUCCACGAACCCAAACUGCCAUAAAUGGUUAUUUAUCGUAAACCCAAUUGAAUAUUGUCCUAUGAAUCCAAAUAAAGAAUCUGUGGCGUC